AUGGCCUACAAUAUGGAACCCUCUCCAAAGUCCAUCCAGGGCACCAUGAAUUUCCUUUCCCGUAGCACACUAGAGCUGCCGUUUCAGUCGCCCACGCAAAGUGCGAUGCCGUUUUCUCCCGACUUCGCCGCAAAUAGCAGCGCGCUGCCAUACAGUGUCAACAUGAAUCAAGACAAAUCUCAUACUGACCAUGUCUUUUUCCAGCAACAGAGCCACCAGACUCUUCUCCAGCAGGGACGGGCCUUGUCGCAGGCUGCCCACUAUUCGCUGGCCCCUCCUCCCAUGCAUCGCGACAUGUCGAUUUGCUCAGAGCCCAUCAUGCGGUACAGGCAAACGACGCCCUCUGCGCCAACCGGCCGGCGCAUCAGCCAUGAGAUGCCCUUCGCACCUCUUGCGCAGGUCCAAGAGAAUGCUUCCUCUGAUGAGAAUGCUUCCCCUGAUGUUGGCGUGACCCCUCAGGCGUACUUUGCCAAUAUGGCCCAAAGCUACCUGUCGUCGACCGGCACCAAUCUGCCCCUUCACGACAUGUUUGCAGGCAGGCAAUCCGCUACUCCUUCCAUGGUCACGGCAUCUACAGGCACGGAGCUGGCUCCUCCCAUGACGAGGGAGAACAGUUUUGUUCUUGCUAGCCCCGGCGUCAACAUCACGAGGAUGCCCUCGUCCGCAUCCUACGCCGACCUGUUCCCCGGCCAUGGUGCAUCGGAUUUUCAGCAGCCGAGCUGCUCCAAUCCGUCCAAGAUGCCCGAGGAACUCCUGGCGGUGGGCGGUGGCUUCUCUAAUUUCCCUACAAUGCAAUACCCAACUCCGGAAUAUCAAAUGUUGGCGUCCCCUACAUUUGCUCCCACGCCCAUGGAACGGGUGGACUCGACUUGCAGCACCAAGUCGACCGCCUCUUCUGUGGAACGCCGGGCCAGGGAGGCUCGAGAGCGGGUUCUGCUGCAGGCACAAUCAACUUCGAUUGCUCCCAUACCUCAGCCGCUGCCCCGGGAGCCGGCUCAGCCCGCUCUUGGGAAACGCUCCACGCAGCAAGUCGCCAAGGUCAAGCAAAAGCCCAAGCACCCAAAGCUUCGAUGCAGUUAUUGCAAUGAAAUCCCUGAUGGGUUCCGAGGCGACCAUGAACUGAGGCGCCACAUCAGCGCGAAGCAUGUCCGGAUUGUCAAGAAAUAUGUCUGUCGUGAUCCGAGAGAGGCCGGUAUGCGGAGCGGGCUUAAGCCCCUCAAUCCCCUCUCUCGAUGCAAGGCCUGUGCUUCUGGGAAGCAGUACAACGCCUAUUACAAUGCGGCAGCCCAUCUUCGGCGCACUCACUUCAGAGUGAAGCCGAUCAGAGGCAAGGGCGCCACGGCCAUUAGCGAGAGAAGAGGCGGCAAGGGAGGCGGCGAUUGGCCUCCUAUGCCUGAUCUCAAGGCAUGGUUUGUGGAGAUUGAGGUCGAGAGCGAGAGACCUACCUCGGUGGUCACAGGCGAUGACCCCCCUGAGGAAGGCUCUCUUUCUCCAGCAUCUACGUCCGCUACGCACAUGGGCACCAACGCCGAUUCGUUCGGUGAGGAUGAUUUCACUUCCGACAUCAUGCCAGUGAGCUACAUGGAACAGUCGACUCAGGAGGACUCGCAGUUCGCCCUGCUGUCUGCUCUCGACGAAGGUGACGCUGACAUGCUUGAUUCAUCGCAAGAUUCUGCGACAUCUGAUUUUCAAAGCAUGAACAACAUGACCUUUGAUAUCCCUUGGUUUGAUGAUACCGAUUUGGGGUUUCCAUCGCUCUGA